AUGGCCGUGGCCGGAGCCGAGGCGGCUGGCGGGGCUGCGCCCGGCAGCCACCUGCAAGAGCCCGCCGACGGCUCCGCGCUCAGCCCGGCCGGCGCUGCUCAUGUGGAGCCCGACGAGGUGGACAAGUUCAAGGCCCGGUUCCUGACCGCCUGGAACAACGUCAAGUAUGGGUGGAUGGUCAAAAGCCGGACCAGCUUUAGCAAGAUCUCCAGCAUCUACCUCUGUGGGCGCCGCUACCGCUUUGAGGGUGAAGGUGACAUCCAGCGUUUCCAGCGGGACUUUGUGUCCCGCCUGUGGCUGACCUACCGCCGGGACUUUCCACCCCUAGCUGGGGGCUCCCUGACCCAUGAGUGGGAACUGACUCCUCUACACACAUUAGCACUGACUGCUCUCCAUCCCCCAGAUUGGAUGUGGGCCGAGGGUCUCGGCCUGGGCCACCCUGAUCUGCCUGGCUCGGCCUCCUCUAGCCCUGGCCGAGGCCCUGCCUGCUGGAUGCCCCCACGCUGGCCCCGGGGUGCCCCUGAGCUGGAGCAGGAGCUGAGGCACCGGCAGAUCGUGUCCUGGUUCGCUGACCACCCCCGGGCCCCCUUUGGCCUGCACCGGCUGGUGGAGCUUGGGCAGAGCUCGGGCAAGAAGGCGGGUGACUGGUAUGGGCCGUCACUGGUGGCGCACAUCCUCAGGAAGGCCGUGGAGAGCAGCUCGGAGCUCACCCGCCUGGCCGUGUAUGUUUCUCAGGACUGCACAGUAUACAAGGCGGAUGUGGCACACCUGGUGGCCAGCCGGGACCCAGCAGCCGAAUGGAAGUCUGUGGUCAUCCUGGUGCCCGUGCGCCUGGGCGGGGAGACUCUGAACCCUGUGUACGUGCCCGGAGUGAAGGAGCUCCUAAGAUCUGAACUGUGUCUGGGCAUCAUGGGAGGCAAACCGAGGCACUCGCUGUACUUCAUUGGCUACCAGGAUGACUUCCUGCUCUACCUGGACCCCCACUACUGCCAGCCCGCCGUGGAUGUCAGCCAGGCCGACUUCCCCCUGGAGUCUUUCCACUGCACCUCUCCCCGCAAGAUGGCCUUCGCCAAGAUGGACCCAAGCUGCACAGUGGGCUUCUACGCAGGAAACAGGAAGGAGUUUGAGACGCUGUGCUCUGAGCUGACCAGGAUCCUCAGCUCCUCCUCAGCCACAGAGCGCUACCCCAUGUUCACCCUGGCCGAGGGCCAUGCUCAGGACCACAGCUUGGAUGACCUCUGCUCCCAGCUUCCCCAGGCAGCCACACUGCGGCUGCCUCGCCCUGGGCACCUCCUCAAGGCCAAGCGGCCAAGCUCGGAGGACUUUGUGUUUUUAUAAUGGAGGGAAUGGGGGAAAGACGUGAGACUAUUUAUUUUUUUAUUUAUGUCACCUUGGUGUGUGUGUGGGGGGACAACUCAAUGCCAGAGCUGCCAGGGUUUCUGGCUCUCCACCUCCCCACCACCCAGCAGAGAUCAGUCUGGUCUCAGCUGGAGGCUGCCACCCACCAGCUGCACCCUCCUGGGCCCCCUCACAGGGCAGGGGGCAGGGCAGACACCCAGGAACCCACUCAGGGCCUGACCCAACAUACUGUCGUUUGCACUGGACCGGCCGUGCCCUUCACUGUCCCCAGGCCCCUGUCUGGGGAACUGUCUGUUACCAGGGGCUAAUAAAGCUGUUGAACUUGC